GGAAGUGUCUUUGCUUCGUGCAUCUCACAGUGACAGUCAGCUGAUGUUCACGUGAUCUAAAUGUAGUUCAAAAUGGCGGCCACUUCGGUCUUUUCAAGAGUGAGAACAGGGUCUAAAAUAGGAGCUCAAUAUGACCAAGAAGGCAACCUUAUUCAGGUGGAGACGCGAGAGGAUGAAGAACAAAACGUCAAACUCACCGAGAUCCUUGAGUUGUUGCUUGCAGCGGGAUACUUCAGAGCGCGCAUUAAAGGACUGUCUCCCUUUGACAAGGUGGUGGGCGGCAUGACCUGGUGUAUAACAACAUGCAACUUCGACAUCGACGUAGACCUGCUAUUCCAAGAGAAUUCAACCAUUGGUCAGAAAAUAGCCCUUACAGAGAAGAUUGUGUCAGUCCUCCCCAAAAUGAAGUGCCCCCAUUGUCUAGAACCCCAUCAGAUUCAGGGGCUGGACUUCAUCCACAUCUUCCCUGUCGUGCAGUGGUUGGUGAAGCGAGCGAUCGAGACCAGGGAGGAAAUGGGAGACUACAUUCGCUCCUAUGCUGUUGCUCAGUUCCAGAAAACUCACAGCACUCCUGAGGAUGAUGAAUUCACACAGAGGAAGGAGAAAGCUAUAAAAACAGUGGUAGACGUGUGUGAUGUUUACAAACCAGAAAGGAAGUAUAAGCGACAAGCAGAUGCAGGAGAGCUGACAGAUGAAGAAUCUCGAGUUCACUCCACACUGUUAGAAUAUGGAAGACGCUAUGGAUUCAGCAAACAGUCCAAGCAGGACAAAGUGGAGGACAGGAAGUUGUCGCAGGCCCCAGGUCUGCCCCCUGGCAUGACCGAGGUGUCGGAGGAGGAGGAUCUUCAGGCCGCUGAGGAGCUGCGCAUUAAAACUCUGAUGACUGGUAUGGCUGCCAUGGCAACAGAGGAGGGGAGACCGACAGCCAGCGCGGUGGGCCACAUCGUGGGGCUGCAGUCAGAGGAGAUCAAACAGAUUGCGUCCGAGUACGCCGAGAAGACGGAGAGGUCAGCGGAGGACAGGCCGGAGCGUUACGGCCCCGCCCAGCAGCACCGCCGAGCCGUGGCCUCGCUCAGCAAGCAGAUCCAGCACAAGACCAAGCAGCUGGAGGAGCUGCAAGCAAAACAUUUGGAGGUUCAAGCUGGGUGUGAAGAAGCAAAGAGCAAGUUGCUGGAGGCGACUGCGCUGACUGAGAAGCUGGAGAGGGAGCUGGGAGCACUGGAGGAGGUGGAGUCCCAGGCCGAUUCCAGUAUCCUGGAGAAGCUGAGGGCUCUGGUGGCAAUGAACGAGAAGCUGAAAAGCCAGGAGCAGGAGUUCCGAACGCACUGCAGGGAGGAAAUGACCCGUCUGCAGCAUAGCAUCGAGAGCCUGAAGGUGGAGUCUGGGGACGAUGCAGAGGACGAGAAGGAGCGGAACCAGCUCAUCGAGAAGCAGUACAAGACCGACAGGGACAAGCUCCAGAAGAUCCGACUGCUGCUGGCCCGGAGGAACAGGGAAAUUGCUAUCCUGCAGAGGAAGAUUGAUGAGGUGCCAAGCCGAGCCGAGCUGACGCAGUACCAGAAGAGAUUUAUUGAGCUCUAUGGGCAGGUUUCAGCCACCCACAAAGAGACCAAGCAGUUCUUCACCUUGUACAACACGCUAGACGACAAGAAAGUAUUCCUGGAGAAAGAGGUGAACUUGCUGAACUCCAUUCAUGACAACUUCCAGCAGGCUAUGGCGUCAUCGGGAGCCAAAGAACAGUUCCUCAGACAAAUGGAACAGAUUGUGGAGGGCAUCAAACAGAACCGAAUUAAGAUGGAGAAGAAGAAACAGGAAAACAAGAUGAGGAGGGACCAGCUGAACGACGAGUACCUGGAGUUGCUGGAGAAGCAGCGGCUCUACUUCAAGACCGUCAAGGACUUCAAGGAGGAGUGCCGCAAGAACGAAAUGCUUCUUUCCAAGCUGCGAGCGAAGGGCGCCUCCUAGCUGACGUCGCCUCCGAAAAGCUGCCCCAAUUAAAUUUUUUUUAUUUGUUUGUCAUGCUCAGCACUAACAAUACAUUCUUUGGUCUGCUUAUGCCUGUUAGCUUUCUGUGGGACCCCACUGUGUUCAGCUGUUUUGGAAACCAAACUGCACCAAACCCACCUGCCUCCCUGUGGAUCUGUGCCUCUCGCAGUCAACCUGAGCUCAGUUUAGCUUUCUUACUGAGGAGUGUUCUCUGUGUGCUCGAGCUGAAUGGGCUUUCUGAGUUAAUCCACACAAGUGCUGCAUGCUGGCUCUCAAACGUGCCGCAGGGAAUUAAUCGUGUUCGGCUUCUCUUCAGACACAGGUUUGAUGAAUUGCUGGCCAAAGUGUGAAAGUGUAAAUGGCAAACACCAUUUCCUGUGUGCUGAGCUCUGUCUCCUGUGUAACAAAGUCAGGACUCUCAACAGCAGACUACUGUCAGAACCUCAAUCCACAACACACAAUGACAUUAAAGAUACACACGACUGCAAUGCCAGUUCUCUUACAUUAUUGUUCUGACAUUCAUCCCUGUUGAACUUUACCGCUGAAGAUGCAAGAUUAUACAGAGGAGUAAAACACUGCAAUGUUAAGUUACAGUUGCCUUAACCUUACACAGGAACAAAUGGCCAAACAAGCCAAUUCACUGAGAACACAUUUUUAUCUGGCCUGUAAAGUGCCUACAUGUCUAUAAGGGGUCAAUUCUUUUACUUGGUAUUGUAUAGCAAUAUAAUAAUUACCAUUGCCCAGCUUGACAUUUACUGAAAUGAUCCAAGGGAAGUCCUUAGUCAAAGGCAAAGAGGUUCAAACCUGCAGCUAUCCUGUACGGAAUCCAGUUUUUUUUUUUUUUUUUUUUUUUUUUUUUUUUUUUUUUUUUUUGGCCCAAUUCCUCACUGCUGCUACACUCAGAAGAAAACCCCUCAUUUGCUUAAGUGCAAUGGAACAUUCAACAUGCUGGCAUCUUUGAGCCCAGGUUUGCUGGAUUGUUCCAUAUGGGUAUAUGCAGUUUGUAAGCUUGGUUGAGGUGGCACAGUCUGAAGCUGGCCUUAAUUGCUUGCAUUUCCCCGAGCGCCUUCAUAUCAGCGACUGUCCCCCCCAACGGGUGUCUACAAUCAAUCAGUAUUCAUGGUCCAAUUCACAAUAAAGCGCUGUCCACAAUAAAAACAAACUCUCGCAUUUUCAGUCGACAAACGUAGAACCGCGUGACUGCGGUACAUUCAGCCUGAAGGGCCCUGUGUACUUCUCUAGAAGAAAUCCUUGUGCCAGAUUUAGUUUCCAUGCAUUUCCUUUUCUCACAAAUCAUAUUUUCUCACUGACGCUUACGCUCUCACACCCUUUUUCGUGUUUUAACAAGCUCGCUAAUUUUAGUAGGGAACAUCCUUCACAAACCAAUCUCUUCUGACUUAAUUGUGCAAUGUGGGGGCAUUACCUUGUUAACUUCUCUCAUUCAGUUAUAUUAAUUAAAACCAAGGUCUUGUUAUAUAAACAUUUUUUUUACAGGGAUGACCAAUUUAGCAGUUUUUUCUUUGUGUAAAUUGAUAUUGAAGUGCACAGAGAGAUGAGAUACAAAUGAGGUGGAAGGGUUCUGUUGCAAAUAUGUAAAUUUGCAAGCGUGUUAGUCAUGCAAAACAAUUGAAUAAUUCAGAUAAUUACUAGAUGAAGGCAAUUCUCUUUACUCCUGUAUUAGCUUAGCCACCACUGCAUUGAGUGACAGAUCAUGGAAUGAACUAAUGUGCUGCAUGAGCAAAUUUUGUGAUUGCAGUUUUAGAGUCUUGUGACUUUAACUCUGGGUGUUUAUACAUGUGAUUUUAAGGACUAAGGGCUUUGGUCAGUGGAGAACCAUGGCAAACUCUUACCUCAUCUCACAAGCACCUGGUAAUCGAUGACAUUAAAAACUGUCUUCAUGGAGGUUUCUUUUUUUAAAUUUCCUUACUGUGCCAGAUGCAUUCUGUUAAAAUUACUCAUUAAAAGUGCAAUUAAGUACAA